AUGGAUUUUGAUAUGGAACAUGUAGAUAAUGAGUAUGACGAGGUAGAAGUUGAUGAUGAGCAAGAAUGUGCUGAAAUAGUCGAUGAACCUAUGGUCGGAAUGACAUUUUCAUCUGCAGAAGAAGUUUUGUCUUACUAUAUGAAAUAUGGUAAGCAGGAGGGAUUUGGAGUGUAUAAACGAAAUUCUAAACAAGAUGAUGAUGGUAAUAUCAGAUGGUUUACCUUAGUAUGUGUGAGAGAAGGCACAUCAAAGAGUAAGGCUGCUAAUAUUCUGAAGCCAAGACAAAUGGAGAAAAUAGGGUGUAUGGCCAGGAUUAAUGUGACGAUGAACGAUGAAGGUGUAUAUACCCUGGCUAAAGUAAACUUGGAGCACACACACAUUUGUAGUCCAGGAAAGGCAAGACAUUUCAAAUGUUUUAAGAAGGUUGAUACUCGUGUAGCUAAAAGACUUGAAAUAAAUGAAGAGGCAAGAAUACGAAUGUCAAAGAAUUUCAAGUCUCUAGUUAUUGAGGCGGGGGGUUACGAUAAACUAUCAUUUGGGGAGAAGGAGUGUCGAAAUUAUAUUAACAAAGCAAGACAACUUCGUCUUGGGGUUGGAGGCGUUGAAGCUUUAUACGCCAGAAGUAGAGCUAUGUAUGAAUCAUUUGGAGAUGUGAUUACAUUUGACACAACAUACCUGACUAAUGCCUACAAGAUGCCCUUUGCACCGUUUGUGGGUGUGAAUCACCAUGGCCAGUCAAUCCUAUUCGGGUGCGGAUUGAUAUCUAAUGAAGAUGCACAUACCUUUGAGAGGUUGUUUAAGUCAUGGUUGAAGUGUAUGAAAGACCAACCACCAAGUGCAAUCAUCACAGACCAAGACAAGGCAAUGCAAAUUGCAAUUGCUAGAGUGUUUCCAGCAUCUAGGCAUCGCUUCUGCUUGUGGCACAUAAUGAAAAAACUUCCUGAGAAGUUUGGGUCACAUGCUCGAUAUGAUGAGAUUAAGAGUGCAUUACAGAAAUGCGUGUAUGACUCUUUAAGUGAGCAUAAAUUUGAAGAACGUUGGUCUGAUUUCCUCGACAUGUAUGAUUUGCAUGAGAAUGCAUGGUUGGGAUCACUAUAUAGUGACCGACAUUUUUGGGUGCCGGCCUACGUUAGGGAAUGUCAACUACACAACGGAGUGAAGGCAUGA